AUGACUGAGGAAACAAAGCACACAAAAGGUAUCAUCCGCUUGAACGCUUUUUUAUGAGAAGAAAUCAGCACCCUUGGCCCAAUCCCCACACGAAGAUCUAACCACACAGCUAUUUGCUGAAGAGACUCCUUAUUGAUUUUCGGAGGCAAAAACCUAUCAGAUGGCCAAUUUAACGACUUGUGGCUUUUUAGAAUAAAACCUCACAGCCCAGACGAAGAAAGAUGAAUAAAGUUGGGCAUUGUGAAUGGUCCGCCACCUAUCUGCCGUCAUAGUGUUGUUUUAUAUAACCAAUGCAUGUAUACUUUUGGUGGAAUUAUAAAUGAUGAAUCAUGCAACAGUUUAUAUGUACUGAAUUUUGAGUCUAUGCAAUGAAAUUUAUUAGUAACUUUAAACAGUCCUAAUCCUAUUGAUUCUCACACUGCCUGCUUAUUUAAUAAUCAAAUGAUUAUUUUUGGAGGAUUUAUCCAAGGAAACCGAGUCAAUGAUUUGUAUGUCUUGAACAUUGACACGUUAGAAUGGACAAAAAAACACAAUAGAAACUCCCCUAGCCCCAGAUCUAACCAUAGUGCUUGUAUACAUAGCGAUUUUAUGUAUAUUUUUGGAGGUUUUGAUGAUGAGUUUUACAGCGACUUAUGAAGACUUGACCUGCAUACUUAUGAGUGGUUCCCAAUAUACAUAAAAUGGCGUAUGGCGACCGACCCACCCUCUCAGUGGUGGUUACCCAUGUAUAUCCGGGCAUGGUUUUUGGAGCCAGGAAUUAGCCCAACAACGUCUGGGACCUCGAAGCGAGAGGCCUAAGCGCGAGAGCCGCUGUUUUUGCGACCAGACCCAUGGGCAGUUAUUCGUGACUUCUUUUUGCCAGCAGCGCUCAGCCCAGUGAGUGCCCGAAAUGAGGCAGGGUGAAUUACCUGCCUAAGCUGCUUUAGUGGCUCGCCCCGAAUGGCGAAAGCUGUUGAGUUCUUUCUCGGGAUGACCGGAAAAGAGGGGAGGCGAGUUAGACACCAAAACGGGGGUCUCUCCAGUUGAAAAGGUGCCCUUCAAUGGGCAGAUCUGGCGGACGACGAAGCGGAGUUGGGCGUAAACUUAGGCGACGAUCCAAGCUGGAAAUGGAGGCGGUCAGCAAAGCCGGUAUGAGACGGCCCUUGACAAUACCUCUACCGAGAAACCGGGGGUUUCGGCCCGGGCUUGGUGAACGCUCUGCCACCACACGGGAAACCGUGGCAUGCGACCUCGGACGUAGUAGGGACCUUAAAUACCCAGCGUAAUCUUAAUCUUAAUCUUAAUCUUACUUAUGAGUGGUUCCCAGUAACACCCAAAAAUGACCCACCAAUAGGCAGAAGUGGCCAUAGUGCCGUUGUAUAUAAAAACAGAAUUCUUAUAUUUGGCGGCAUGAAAGAUGUAGGACAUGAGACGAAUGAGCUAUUUUGCUAUACUAAAUUUAUAAUUAUUUAGUAUAGUAAUUGUAUAUAAAAAUGAAAUUAGCAUGAAUAGACCAAUGUAACAGACCUCAACAUACCAAUUUAUUUUUAAUAUACAAUUUUUAUAUGAAAUAAUGCCAAUGCGCCAUAUGAUAUUAUCAAAAAUAAAUGGCUAUUGCUAUGUGAAGAAGAUAACUCAGAAGAAAUGAGCAGAAUUUCAUAUGCUGCAUCAGUAUUUCCUAGGAGAAGAUCAAAACUAGUUAAAAAGAGAAACAGCUCAAAUGAUAGGUCUGACACAAAGCCAAGCUUGUUCAGCAGCAGUAGCUGAGGAGGGUAUAAUGCGAAGUUCGGCAGGAAAGGAUGUGCAGCGCCUCCUGCAAGAGAUGGGCAUACAGCUGUCAUAAUGGACGAACAAAUGUAUAUUUUUGGAGGAGAUAGACAUCAGAUUUCUUUUAAUGACUUAUAUGUGCUUGCACUUGGAAGCUAG